AACGAUAGAAGAAGCAACGUGAUAACUGGAAACGCCGCUUUAUUUUUGCAGAUAUUGUUUUUCAUAGCAGAAAACCUUUGAAAUAUGGCCAAACAUCAUCCGGAUUUGAUUUUUUGCCGCAAACAACCUGGCGUAGCCAUUGGACGCCUGUGUGAAAAAGAUGACGGAAAAUGUGUGAUCUGCGAUUCCUAUGUAAGACCAUGCACUUUGGUCCGCAUCUGCGAUGAGUGCAACUACGGAUCCUACCAGGGAAGGUGUGUCAUCUGCGGAGGUCCCGGAGUUUCCGAUGCGUACUAUUGCAAGUCCUGCACCAUUCAGGAAAAGGACCGCGAUGGUUGCCCCAAAAUCGUGAACCUGGGUAGCUCCAAGACUGAUCUGUUCUAUGAGCGCAAGAAAUAUGGAUUUAAACAGAACUACUGAUGUGCUCUCCACUACCUCAUACAUUUCUAAUAAAUUUUUAUUGUAGUUUAAUACAUAAACAAAGGGUUUUGAUAAAUGAA